AUGGUGGUGGUGGUGGUGGUGGUGGUGGUGGUGGUGGUGGUGGUGGUGGUGGUGGUGAUGGCGGUGGUGAUAAAGAUCGGUAUAGGAAGUACCUGCAACUUAGACAGCAGUACAGGUUGCUGUUGUUGCAGAGACAACAUCGGGACUGCCAACAUACUUGCCAGUGCCAUCCGCAACAAGGCCAACCAAAUCGAUUGCAACAGCAACCCACAGUCGUUCAUAAAUAUUAAUGAGGAUUUGAAAUUCAAACUCGAGCCGUCCUACUGGCUGCCAGAAAAAAUAGGCGGAGCUUAUUGCUGUGAAAUGGAAUUUGAUAGAGUUAAAUCAGAGAAACAUGAUGUCGGCGAUUUUGUAUGUUAUGAUAAUGAUAAUAACUGUAAAGAUCUAAGCAACAACAACAACAAUGACAACAACAAUAACAACAACAACAACAAUAAUGACGUAAUCAUAUACAUUUCAAUCAAUAAUAGUUGCAUUGGCAACAACAACAUCAUCGUUUAUAAUACUACAGCUGGCGCCAGUAACCACAACAACAACAACAGCAACAACGACUACUACUACAACUGCAACAUCAACAACGGUACUGGCGUCAACAUCAUUAACAACCAACACAUCAACAAUUUUAACGUAAACAACUACAGCUUUAAUAAUAAUUGCAACAGUAACAACAAUACUAAUACUGGCAACAAUAAUGAAAACAAUGAUGACGUCAACACAUUCACUAACUCUGACAUCACAGCCAACAACAUCAGCAGCAGCAACAACACAAACAACAACAAUACUGAUAAUUUUAGCAUUGAUGACAUCAACAAUUUUUUUUCCAGCAACAACAACAUCAACAGUUUCGUUGCCAACAGCAACAACAUCAACAAUUUUGUCGCCAACAACAACAUCAACAUUUUCGUUGCCAACAACAACAACGGUACAAACUCACAAUCAUCAUUAGCGCUAUUCGAACCUAAUUAUUAUUCACAAAAUUUUAAACCACGACCCCAGCCACCGUUCAGCGACCAAUCUGAGCUCAGCUACAAGCUCAUUAAUAAACAUUUAGUUACGGCUGAUACUAUAAUCAGUAACAUGGCUGGUCUCUUCAAAUACGUUCAACCUUUCUUCAGCAGGGUAAUAUUAAUUAAUUAA